AUGACAGUUAGAGUAGGAGCUGGGAAUGGUGCUAAUGGUAAUUUUGAUACCCAUUUUUUUGCUGAACAGGAUGAGGUUGGCGACGACGGAAUAUUAAGAUUGGCAAAUCGUUAUAUUUUAAAUUCGAAGUUCCCCAAAUUUCUUCCAACUUGGGAUCAUUCGCAAAAGUACCCGCCCUUAGUAUUCCAUAAGUAUUUGGAUCCUGCUCUCAGAGCAGAUCCUCAGUUACCGAGGUUUUUGAAUGAGAACGUCCAAAUUUCUAAAAUAACGCCCCGGUUCGGAAGCGAGGUUCGUGGCUUGCAACUUUCCUCCUUGGAUGCUGCCGGAAAGGACGAAUUGGCACUGUUGGCUUCACAAAGGGGAGUCUUAGUCUUUAGAGACCAGGACUUUGCAUCCAAGGGCCCGGGUUACUUCGAGCAGUAUGGUUCCCAUUUCGGAAAAUUACAUGUUCACCAAACCUCUGGCGCUCCUGCAGGCCAUCCAUAUCUACAUGUCACAUUUAGACGCCCCGACAGAAAGGAAUUUGAGAGGGUUUUCCGUGACCACCAUAGCUCCAUACGUUUCCACUCGGAUGUGUCAUAUGAGUUACAACCACCGUCUUACACAUUCUUCACAGUUCUAGAAGGGCCCGAUGGGGGAGGAGAUACUUUGUUUAGCGAUGCCACGGAAGCAUUUAAUAGGCUUUCGCCUCCUCUUCAGGACUUUCUGAGUAAGCUACACGUACUGCAUAGCGCUAAAGAGCAAGCCCAGAAUGCGCAAGAACAGGGUGGAAUUCAACGGAGAGAACCGGUCGCACACAUUCAUCCAUUAGUGCGUGUCCAUCCUGUGCUCAAGACAAAAAGCUUCUUCGUGAAUAGAGGGUUUACAAGAAAGAUUGUGGAGCUCAAGCAAACUGAAUCCGAUCUGCUGCUAGAUUUUAUAUAUAAUAUCAUCGAGAACACGCAUGAUCUCCAGUUAAGGGCAAGCUGGGAACCUGGUACUGUAACUGUCUGGGACAAUAGGCGUGUUAACCAUUCGGCCAUCAUUGAUUGGGAAGAGCCUGUUUCUAGACAUGGCGUCAGAAUCACUCCUCAUGGCGAGAGACCCGUUGAGGAUUUGAAGUAUCUGAACGAUGGGGAUUAUUACACGAGCCAAGCGGAAGUGGACUAUUUCACCGAAUGA